UCAAAUUCAAAGCUAUAAACCCGCUCAACCCCUUCUUGCUCUUCAAUCACCUCUAACAUCCUCCACAUAUAGCAAAUGAACUCGCGCAUCCCCUUCCCUCCCGUUCCUGUCUUACCUAUUCUCCCGAUUCCGCCGCCCGAUGUCGGCCGACCCCGUCGCCCCGGCCGAAUCCUCUGCCUUCUGGCAAUCCGUCCAGCGAGCGCAGGCCGCCGUCCAAUCCCUCUACCUCAUCCUCGGCUCCCUCCCCGAUGCAGUCGCCUCCUCCGAAAACCCCGCGGCCGCCCUCCUCAACGACGAGGCCGUCGCUCGCGAGGUCUCGAUCCGUCUUCGCCGCCAUGGCUCCGGCGCCGGCGAUGACAACCUCUGCCGCUGGCUCUACGACACUUUCCAGUCCAACGAUCCCGACCUCCAGCUCGUCGUCUUGACCUUCACCCCCACCAUCGCCGGCGUCUACCUCUUGCGGGCCAUCUCCCGCGAACCCCUCGCCGGCUUCGAGGCUGUGCUGCUGGCGCUGUACGCGUACGAGACCGUGAUACGAGGCGGGGAUCCGGAGACGGUCAACCUCCCCAAUCUCGCCAACCCCAGCGUCUACCACGAGGCGAAGGCCCCGCCCAAGAAAGGCGCGGUGGAGCUCGACACAGCGGUUGUCUCCCCGGCUCUGGAGCCUUAUGGCACCGUUCGGUCCACCAAGCGCGCAAGGAUAGUGGGCGUGGCACUGGAGCUGUACUACAGCAAGAUAUCGUCCAUGCCUCUCUCAUCUAAGCUGGCCUUCUGCGAGUUCUGCAUGGUCUGGGCAGGCCAAGAUAUUGGGACGAAAGCGGAAGGAGAGAGAUCCGUGAGCGGGCCUGCUGGAAUUGCUCCUGCUCCUGCUGCUGAGCAUGUCGAAGAAGAAGCAGUAGAGGCGGCGGCGGCGGGAGAGAAUGGUGGGAAAGAGGAGGAUGAGGAGAAGGCGGCGUCGGCGGAGGCUGAUGAGAAUGGUGGGAAAGAGGAGGUUGGGGAGAAGGCGGCGGCGUCCGAGAAUGGUGGGAAGACUGGUGUGAAAGAGGAGGUCGGGGAGAAGGCGGCCGCGGCGGCGGCCGAGAAUGGUGGGAAAGAAGAGGGUGAGGAGAAGGCGGCGUCGGCGGAGGCUGAUGAGAAUGGUGGGAAAGAGGAGGUUGGGGAGAAGGCAGCGGCCGAGAAUGGUGGGAAAGAGGAGGGCGAGGAGAAGGCGGCGGCGGAUGAGACUGGUGGGAAAGAGGAGGUUGGGGAGAAAGCGGCGGCGGCAGAGAAUAGUGGGAAAGAGGAGGGUGAGGAGAAGGCGGCAUCGGCGGCGGAUGAGAAUAGUGGGAAGGAGGAGGGUGAGGAGAAAGCGGCGGCAGCGGAUGAGAAUGAUGGAAAAGAGGAGGGUGGGGAAAAGACGGCGGCGGUGGGGGCGGAUGAGAACGGUGGGAAAGACGAGGGUGAGGCAAAGGCGGCGGCGACGGCGGCGGAUAAGAAUGGUGGGAAAGAGGCGGGUGAGGUGAAGGCGGGACGGAUUCCGCUGCCGUGGGAGCUAUUCCAGCCUAUCGUGAGGAUCGUGGGGCACUGCCUCCUGGGUCCGGCGAACCCGGAGGAGCUGAAGACCACGGCGUAUGCGGUGGUGGAACGGCUGCACUGGAGGGCGACGCACGACAUGAAUCCGCAGGAGAUUCUGGCGACGCGGAGCCUCCUCCGGCUGGGCAAGAUGGGAGACGACACGAUAGCGGAGCCUCAGAUCUCCACCAACUCGGACGAUUACUCCGAAGAGGCGUUAAAGAUGAAUGCACGACUAACGUAGUGGGUUUCAACGAGAAGGAAAAAGAACCAUCAAAUGCUUAGCUACAGCAAUAGCAUGGACUUAGAAAUACAUUUGAUAGUUCCCUCUUUUUUUGUGUUUUUGUCCUUUUUGUUUUCACUUUAAUACAUUUGA